UCAGGAUCAUCACUCUACUCAAGUGAACCACAAACCUCUCUUCUCUCUGCAACUGUUCCUCCUGUUAGAGCCACGAAGAGGGAGGUGACUGAGGAAUUCUUGGAAGCAGCACUGACCACAACUGUGCAGCCUCCAUCGACACAACCUCUAGAGUUACAUGGUGAUGCAGCAGCUACAAUUUCAGCUCAGCCUACCAGGGACGCUGAAGCCAACUCUUCAGUUCAUAUUCAGUACAUUGACUCAGUGACAGCCGGACAAAUAAGCAUUACUUCUGAUCCAGUUUCAUCAGCGACACGCACGAUUAAAGCUUCUUCCAUACCUCCAGCCACCACAGCCCAGGACUCUACUGCAGGUCAUGAACUAAACUUUUCAACUCAGACUGUUUCAGCGUCCAUCCCGACCACCACAGGCAGCAACAGCAACAGCACUAGCUCAUUAGCAGCAUCAACAACAUUUUCUCCAACAGGACAGACUGCAGCGACCACCAUCCCACCAUCUUCAUCCUCAGGAUCAUCACUCUACUCAAGUGAACCACAAACCUCUCUUCUCUCUGCAACUGUUCCUCCUGUUAGAGCCACGAAGAGGGAGGUGACUGAGGAAUUCUUGGAAGCAGCACUGACCACAACUGUGCAGCCUCCAUCGACACAACCUCUAGAGUUACAUGGUGAUGCAGCAGCUACAAUUUCAGCUCAGCCUACCAGGGACGCUGAAGCCAACUCUUCAGUUCAUAUUCAGUACAUUGACUCAGUGACAGCCGGACAAAUAAGCAUUACUUCUGAUCUAGUUUCAUCAGCGACACGCACGAUUAAAGCUUCUUCCAUACCUCCAGCCGCCACAGCCCAGGACUCUACUGCAGGUCAUGAACUAAACUUUUCAACUCAGACUGUUUCAGUGUCCAUCCCGACCACCACAGGCAGCAACAGCAACAGCACUAGCUCAUUAGCAGCAGCAUCAACAACAUUUGCUCCCACGGGACAGACUGCAUCCAUCCUGCCGUCAUCAUCUCUACAUUCAGCCGCUCCACAAACUUCUUCUCUUUCUGCAACUGUUCCACCCAUUAAAGCCAGCAAUUCAAAGGAGAUGGAGGAAUACUCAGGAGCAGCACCAACCACGACUGUCCAGCCUCCAUCUACUCAAGCGCCCCUGUUAUCUGUUGAUGUGACUGUAACAAAUUCAGCUCCUACCACCAUCAAUGCUGAUGCCAACUCUCAAGUUCCUACUGAAUAUACCAUCCAAGUGACAGCCAGGCAAAGCAGUACUGUCGGGGAUCCAGUUUCAUCACUAACUAACAAAUCUACCACAGCCAAGGCCUCAACGUCAGGUCCUGAACCAACAUCUGUGACGCAGGUCUCAGCAUUCACUUUAGGCUCUUAUAAUCAGUCACCUCCAGGCAGCUGCAGCCACACACACUACAGCCGUCCUCAGAGAGCACAGAGCACAGAGCUACACUUCAGCACGUGUUGGUUGAGAUUUACAGGAAAGGAACACAACAAUGAGGGUCAGCCUACAAACUCUGAUGACAUGUCUGCUGUUGUCCACAACAGUGGCAUCUGCAAUUGAUGUAAAUUCCACUGAUCUAACAACCCAAAGUACAUCCUCCAUCCAAAAUCCGACCACCACUGUGGGUACUACUCUAGGACCAGAAACCACCCCUGCAUCCACUUCAUCUGCAUCCAUCCCAACACAGACCCAGGACUCUAGCACCAGCAUCACGACCCCCGUGCAAACUGACAACACUACCAACACCACCCAGUCCACCAGUGCAAGCCCCACCAACAGCUCCAUUGACACCAUCCAGCCCACCGGAACCACUCUCGGUACAACACAAACCAGCAGCCCAAUCAGUACAGCCCAAUCCACCAGCACAGCCAGUCCAAACACCACUCCAAAAACCAACAGUUCAAUAACCACUAAUCCCGGGACCACACAACCCCCCGGGACCACACAACCCCCCGGGACCACACAACCCCCCGGGACCACACAAUCUAUGGGCACCGCCACUCCCAGCAUAACCUCAAGCCCUGCUGGCACCACCCAAAAGAUCACCACUACCAGUCCCACCACCACUACUAAGACCACUGAAACCAUCACAGUGGAACAAGAGGGACACAAGUCUGAGGGCCUGAGCUCAGCGAGUAUUGCAGCCAUUAUUUUCUUCGUCAUCGCAAUUGUCAUCUUAGUGAUGGGGGGACUUUACUACUCCAAGAUCCGACGUAAAUCCUACGGACCUCUACUGGAGAGCAACCCCGGAGCUUUAGGACACUUCACCAACCCCAUGUAUGACCCUUAAACCCUAAUGUUUGACGAAGACUACCGAAGGUGCUCCCAUAUAUAUAAAAACAUCGGUCUACAGAGGAAGAAGCCCAGAUCAAUGUGCAUUUAGAGUGUGUGUGGGUGUGUGUGUAUGUGUGUGUGUAAUAAGUUAGGGAUGGUCACAUUUCACUGUGACUUGUAGCAUGGUAGCUUGUUUGCACUAAAUUGCAAAAUGCAAAAUAUCAGUGACAUAACACACCUAUCCUUUUUCAGGGAGUGAUAGCUAUCAUCAGAAAAUACUUUUUAUUUUAGUUUAUUUUUUGGGGCUUUUAAACCUUGAUUUUAUAGAGGAAAGGACAGUGGAUAGUGUGGGAAACUGGGACAGAGUGGGGGAAUGACAUGCAGGUAAGAGGCCACAGGCUGGAUUGGAACCCGGGCCACCCGCUACAUGGGCGCGCAACUUAACCAUUAGGCCAAGUCCGCACCCCAGAAAAUACUUUUUACUCAGGGAGUGUUUCAAACAGCUCUGGCUGCAGAGACGCAGCCGAAAUUUCACAGUGAAAACAAGCACUUCACUUUCACAAGUCAGUGGACACCUGUUGUAGUAGCCAAGUUUGUAUGAUGCCACCAGGUGCAUGAAUUCCACCAAACAGCCAUGAGAACUCGACAGACAUUUCACCUUUGUCAUAAGUCAUGUAUGAAAUUUAUAACCCACUAGAGCUUCCCUUUUAGUGCAACUAUCAUGAAGUAGAAGUGCAUUUAAUCUAAAACGCUUAGCCACAAAGUUGUAAACAAUGAAAGUGAGCCGCUGGUAGAUGAAGGAAGUAUUUGGGGCUUGAAAUAGAUAAGGACCUGACAUUUGUCUUUUCUAGUUUUCAGCAUCACAUCAGGAAGAGAAUCUGAAUCAGAAUGUCUGAAUUAGGGAUGUCGAUUUUAAGUAUUUCCCGUGAACGAUCUUUGGAAGUGUUAAUGAUCAAGUAUCGAUUAAUCAUUAAAAAACUUUGUAUUUCAUGUAAAAAAUAAUGCUAAUUUCGAUUUUUCCCCGUUUAUCAUAUUGAGAUGUUCAAAAUGCUAAACAAGUUGAAUAUCAAUGUGUGGAGCAGGCUUAUACAAAUAACCUCCGUGGACAUACAGUCAUAUAAAGGGAAGACUCAGACUACAACAUGUGGAUUUACUGCAACAAGAGAUUAGACUCAGUGUCCAGUUCGAGUACGUUCUUUACAAUCAAUUAAUCGACACUCGAUUAAUUGUCAACAUCCCUAGUCUGAAUCACAACUUAAAGAAACAUUAGGUCAGGACAUGUCUGCCAUGUAAAUAAUGUACAUACGAUGUUUAUGAGACACAAAAUGUUUGUGUUCCAGAUCUUAUUCACGUCGGCUUCUGCUCAGAAACAUGUUUUCACUUCAAUUGUGAUAUAACACAGCUGAUUCAUGAUUGCUUCAUUUAAACCAACAUUAUUUAUAGUAAACAAACAGAAAAAAACAACCCAGUUUUCCUUUUUUUGUGUGCAUCAAGAGAAGGGGAAAUUUUCCUUCUGUAGGAAACUGAAUUUUUGAGAAAAAGCUGAAAUGGGAAGAAAUGAUUCUGAACCCCUUGUCAUGUAAAUAAUCUUGAUAGAGGACAUUUUGAACCACAUUUCAAUGCAAUAGUAAGAGCUAGACCCUGCUUUUACAUAUCCUAAUGAGGCAUUUUAUGUGGUAAGAAGGGCAACACUCACGCUAAUAUAGUUUUAAAAGCAACAGCGUUGAAAUGAGCCUGAUCUCCAGAGGAACAUUGAGAGAGUUGCCUUAAAAAGGAGGAUCCUUGUUUUCAUCCUGCUGAAGUGUCCUUGUGCAAAGCACUGAUCCCCGUCCUGCUCCGGGACCUGAUCUACUCCUGAGCCUGACCUUGAGCCAAGACAGCACAUUUCCUUACAACAAUGAUUUUAUAUUGAGGUUUAAUUUAACAUAUCAUGUGGCCUCAUAGAAUGUUGGUCAUGCAGGAAAUUGUGUCUCUGUCACACCAUAUCAACUUUUUGAAUGUGUGUUUUUUUUAAUAACUGAAUGUUAUCGGAACAUUUGUGAAGUGUUUGAAUGUUAAAGUGAGAUUUUACUGCGAGGUGUCACUCCUUCAGUAUUUGAUAUUUUAUGGUUUGAUAAUCUCAAGUUAAGGACUAAUGUGAGUGUUGAUGCUUUGAGUAGAUUUUAUUGUUUGCCAUGAAAUGAAACUAAAAUGUUGAUGCAAUAAAAUGAAUAAUGGAUAAAAACA